AUGGCCCAACAUAGCUGAGGCUUUAAAAUUAACUUCAUUUAUUGAGAUUGCUUAGACUAUAAGCAUUACAUAUUCGCGAGGAAGUGUUCCACAGAAUUUCGAUUGAUUGAUUUAUAAUAUAUACUGAUUUCUCGUCGGAAUACAAAUGAAGUUGUCGGGACCGGUGUUAUUUGACAGAAUGGUAACAGACCCGUUGAUUGAUACCAGUGAUCCAUUGGUAGGGGUUCAUUUAAAAGUUUAAUUGACUAUUGUUUCCCUAGUGUUCGUGCGGUGUUUCAAAUCUUGUAAUAUUGAGAGCAUUGAUGGUCAAAAAUACAUUAUUUAAAACAUGCUGAAAUGUUACAAAAUGCAUUUUAUGAUCGUCACCUAUGCUCAAUACAUGGUAAAAUGCUAAAAAAUAUUGGCUAAACUUAAUCAGGGGCGGAGAAGAAUGGGGGAGGGUCCGAACCCCAAGUGUCUGUGAUUUACUGUAACCUAUUUGCCGAAAUUUCUUAGUAUACUUUGAAUUGUUAGUUUUGCGAAUCAAAUUCUCCAUUGUAGAAAAACAUUCCCCAGUGUGCAGUUCGUAUGUUAAUUAUCACAUCGUGUAGGCCUUAAAACAUUUCAAUUUUUAGUCUGGAUUACCUUCCCCUUAACUGCUAUGUACUAUUAAUGCACACCUGGAUCAAGUAUAUCUCGUUAUCAUAAAAAUAUUAUUUAUUUAAACUAGUUCGAACAAAAAAUCAAACAAAAGAACAACAACAUCCAGUUUUAUCUUGCAGUGAGUAGUGGACGCCCUAGCGAUCUAGCUGCCAGAAGUAGCGGCAAAUGGGCUUAACACUAUGGUGACCUAGCUCAAUAAGUACUAAAUGCAUGUUGAAAAAUUUAGAGAGAUAUACAUUGAGAGUUUGCACAGCUUAUUAUUACAGUGUAAUUAUUACAAAGAAAUUAAGAAACAGUCGUGUUCAUGGUUUAUUCAUGCUAAAUGAAACACAAUAAAAUAAAAUUUUCAUAACUCUGAAUAUUCCAUUCUGGCGGUCAGGCGGCCAAACAGCCCGGCAGUCUUUUGUCCUUUUGUCUUUAUAAUCAUAAAGUAAUAAUUUUGAAAUUAAGAUACAUAUAAAGAAAACUUGAAAACUUAAUAGAAAAUGUUGCUGAACUUUGAAAUAUUGCAAGGCAAACUGUUGGAAAAGAUAUUUGGGAAAUUAAAAAAAAAGCAAUGUUAAACUUUUAUGAUUGUAGUCGUUUUCCAUCUGAACUCAGUUUUUAGGCUGCCAAGCCUGUAGUAAGUUUUUAGGCCUGACUGCCAAGAAUAAUCAUUUACAAAGAGGUGUUUUAUUGAUCUUUAACUUUUAGAUAUUUAGUUGUAACUUAUUUUAAUCAGCAGCUAGUCGCGGAUUUUCAAUUUUAGCUCUUUUACCUACAGGCCGCUAACUUCAUGCCGCUAGGAUGCCAACUUCAGGCCGAAAGGCCGCUAAGCCGCCAAUUUCAGCAAGAUAUAAUUAUCUCCGUUUACUUAAGUAAACGUAAACUUGAUCAUACAAUACAUAUAUAUAUAUAAGUACAUAUAAGCAUUACAUAUUGUAAGUUGUGAUAAAAUGUCAACUAUCCAAAAGUUUAAUAUACGGUCGUAUCGGUCAUCGUGGCCCAGUGGUUAAGGUGUCUGCCUCAUGAACGGGAGGUCGAAGGUUCAACCCAAUUUGAGCGUUCUUCCGGGGGAUGCUUGCCAAGGGAAUCGUUCCGAAAAGGCCGGUUCGUUAGCCUCGAGCUAGUUAAAUGAAUGGUAACCGACUUCUAUCCGCCUGGCGCCUGGCAUAGCGGUAGGAGUUGGGAGUUAAUUGGUACGCACAAUAAAGGUGUCUGAUAAGCCAAAUUGGCCGAUAAACAAGACCUUUACCUUUUUACAUUUAUCAUAGCCCAUUGUGUGAUAUAAUAAUGUAUUGCAGACAACAAUAAGCGACGACGGACAACUGUAUAAUGAUAAGGAUAAUAAACUCUGCACUCCAUACAUCAACAACAGUUUACUUAUGUUUACCCUUUACACAAAAACUAUGUGGACUGGCUGUAUAUGUGUUCUUGUAGAAAAUGGAUCUGUAUUUUAAAUAACAAACGACGUUUCUUUUUAUAUUUCAGUCCUGAAGGAAGAUUUGAUAGAUUUCUACAGGGAAAGGCACCAUACCCUACCGAUGUCACCUUUAAUGGAAGAAAAGGACACGCCUCUCCUUAAGUUUUACGUCAUGCCAGACAUAGAGUCAGUGGAAAUUCAGAGGGCGCGUGGAGGUGGCAAAGAAAUUAGAUCAAAGGUUACGUCAUUGCAUGAUGUUUUCUACAAGGAAAAAGAACCAUGUCACAAAAUUUACCUUACUGCGGAUGCCGGGUUUGGGAAAACAGCAUUAAGUAAACGGCUCGUUUUAACGUGGUGUCAAGCCAAAAACUGUAUCCCAAACGAAGAUGAACAUUUUAAGAAGGAAGACAUUAGUACAAUGUCGGAUUUUGACUUUGUGUUUUUGUUGUCUCUACGUGAUUGUUCCGAAGAAUGGGACAUUGAUGAGAUGAUCAAAAAACAAAUAAUUAAUUAUCUAGCACACACUAUUUCAACUAGUGAUUUUGAAAACAUUCUUUCUAAGGAAAGGUGCCUGAUAAUAUUGGAUGGAUUGGACGAAUUCACACAUGCAAAAAGUGACAUUCCACACAGGAAAGCUAGGAGGAAAUGUACAAUUCUCACAACAACUAGACCGUGGAAGUUGGGCGUUAGUAAGAUAAGUGCAAGUGAAAUAGAGCGAAAGUUGGAACUUAUUGGACUUAGUAAAACGUCUUCUAAAAGUUUAAAAAGGACUGUGAUCUCACUGUUAUGUGGUAAAACUGACAUAGAAAAACAUAUUCAAGAGUUUGAUCGCGCUAUCAGUGAUAGGGGUAUUUCGGAUUUGGAAACUAUUCCGCUCUUACUGAUGUAUCUUUGUGUUUUAUGGUGUGAUGGAAUAGAGCUAGGAGCAUCUAGAACUGAGUUAUAUUGUCAGACUGUUGAACUGCUCCUUAAACGAACGUUUGAAAAAUAUCCCGACAUGCAACAGCCGCGCGAACAGUCCCAGAGUGAUAUCCCACAGUGUUUCAGUGAACAUGAACAUUGUAAGGAACACUACACAUUUCUGCAAGCUUUAGGACAAUUAGCAUUUGAAACGUUAUUCAGUGAAAACAAAGAAAGCACCCUUGUGUUUAGCCGGUCAGUGACAGAGAAACAUCUAACCCCAGAGUAUUUGAAAUUAAGUCUUAACUCCGGAAUGUUAACACAAAGUACAGAAAAGACACUAACAAAACAAAUUUCGAAAUUUUCGUUUUCGCACAAAACAGUGCAAGAAUUUUUUUGUGCAUUGUACAUUAGCUGUCAAAAUGAAAGUGAUGUCAAAAACAUUGUUCUAAACAAAUGCAAAAGUUUGCAAAGUAUUCUGGACAUGUCGACAGUGCUUGUUUUCAUCAGCGGAAUGGUGAAUGUAGAAAUCAUUACUUCAAUAUCACAGGAAUUUCUUUCUGUUAUCAGUGAAGAUAAGAUAACGAGCAAAUACAGAUUAACGACUGAUGAGGACUGUAAACCCCUGAAAGACAUACAAGACAUGUACAUGUCUUGUAUGAAAGAAAACACGAGCGAUAAGGAACUCAAACUUUUCUGUCAAGAUUUGUUCUUUCGUGAAGAUUAUAAACAAGAAAAAUACUUUACAUAUUUAGCACGGCUCGCGGUACACAAUAAAAAUAACAUGGCGUCAAUAAAUAUCAACACAUUACACCGUGGUCGUAGUUUACGUGAAAUUAUUGAUUGUUGUGAAUUACACGAACUGUUCCCGAUCAAUAAAAUAUCCUACUACGGUAAAGAAGAAAACGCACGGCUUCCUGUACUGUUGGACAAGUCGGCGAAAUGUGUCGCUGUUACAUCGUCUCUCGGAUUUCCGGGUUCUUGGAGCCGUGAAAUGUUGGAAACAUUACAGAAUAAUUCUCUGUUACAAGCAAUUUAUAUCUACAAUUUCGAGAUGAGUCACGAUGUACUGAAUGAGUUUCUGAAUUAUAAUAUAAACAGAAAAACAAUGACGGAGAUUAAAUUGUGGUGCCUAUUUUGUACCAAGCACUGGCGUUCGUGUGCUUUCAGUUUAGAUUUUAGUCAGCAUUCAGAUCUAAGGAAGUUAGAAUUGGGCUGGAUACCUGAAGUGUCACAAUUGAAAGUUAAUAGUCAAGUAAAACACGUGAAGUUGCACAGUAUCAAUCUAGGUGAAAUGUCGCUGCCUCCUGAAAUGGCGAAUAUUGAAAGUGUUGAUUUGUAUAAUGUAAACAUGUCUGCUUCAACAUUGCGUGAUCUCGUUAAGGUAGUGGAGAAACUUUCACACAAAGUCACAGUAACAAUAGACUGGUCGUGUAAGAUAGAACCGGAAACAGAGUUUGAACACGUUAAACAAUAUAUACGCUCAUCUAAGAAUUUCCGAGUUACGGAGGAUUGGUGGAGGGAGUUUGUGUUUGAAACAAAUGUUGAAAGUUAAGUUACUAUAUAAACUCAGACAUAUAGUGUCAAUGUAUAUAAACAUUAUUCAUAAAACACAUAUCACACAUUUACACACAGACAUAUAACAUUUUUGUGACAUACAUAUGUGUAAAUAAUUAAAAAAAUAGUGUCAAUCGCGUGUGGAAAAUUAAUUGUUGGAGCCAAUUCGGAGGAAAGGAUGGACGUUCUUAUACAUGGAUUAAUAUACAAGUCAGUUUCCUUGAUACUUCAGAUAAAAGAUCGACGCCAACACCUCAAAACUAUAGACGUAUUUCCGGUGGCUAUGCUACGUAUAUAUCGCCAUAAAAUACGUGGAUUUACAAUUGGCCGCAAAUACUUUUGGACCAAAGAUCUAUACUUCCGGUGGCUAGGGUACACACACCAUGAUAUACUUGGCAUCACCUCUUGUUUCCGGCCAUUGGACAAAAAAACAUUGCAGGACUUUUAUAGUAUUAUACCCAAAAGUCUGUGAGAAAAAACUGCUUUCAGUUAUAAAUUUUCGUUACCAGAGACAAAUCAUACUGAAUUUCUUAUUAGUUAGUAAAGAAAUGUCUGACUUUCACUUUUGUAAACACAUCGCUUUUGAACUUUUUUCUUAUAAGAAACGUUAAUAAGUAAAGUUUUGUAAGUAAAGUUUUGUAUGUACGUUAGUAUUAUGUGGAAGGCUUUCAAAAAGUCACACACGCUGUCAUAAGUCUUUUUUUUUCAGAAAGGUUUGAUUUGGCUUCAUUAUAUGCUAAUUGCGAACAAUGGUUUAUUGUUAUUUUAGGAUAAUAGAUUUAAAAUAUCUGGAAAUUGCCGUUUUAUGGCAAAACCAUGUACAACGAAAUUUGCUGUGUUUGACAUACCGCGGCAAAGAUGGAAUUCUUUAAAUAUUAAAUGGAUUUUGUUCUAAGAAACAAAUACUUUGUGGGGCAUAUUUUCAUGUCGUUUUCAAAGUCACUACUUGUUUGCAUAGUCCGUAGCCAUAUACUACAACAUCUAUUAUUUACAUGGGGAAGUCUUCUAAUUAAAGAGCUAUUUCUCUAAUAUGACAUGUAGUUUUUGUAGAAAAUUAUUUAUUCCUAGCAAAGGACAUUCAUAAUUACAAUAGAAAGAACAUAUUUAUACGAAAACACUGUAGAGUCCGAAGCGGACUUUUCAUCUUUUUGAUAAAAACGUUAAACUGGGAAUCAUUUUGUUUCAUUUUAUUGUGAAAAGUCUUUGAUUAAACAGUAGAUGAAAGCUUUCCAAUGUACACAGAGACUACCUGUAUUAAUAAAUCACUUAAUGAACGGAAUGACUAUUUUUAUCUCUACAUGAAAUUUUAUAAAGCUUCACUUAUUUGUACUUAUUAAGCGAAAAAAUUUUGCAAGUCAACAAAAGUUAAAUUACGAAAAAGGGUUCUACGACCUAUAAAACAAAUAUUGCCUGAAACAUAAAUGUAUAAUUGUUAUAUUAUUUGCCCUUCUCAAAUGCAAUCAUUUAUCUGGCCUGUAUUUCGUACAUAUAGGAAAAAGUGAUAUCAGAAGAGUCAUUAUCAUUUUUGCGAGUCAAUAUCGCUUUUGCCGACCUGCGCAUGCAUCCCUUUCGACCAGUCAAAUGAACGAAUUUGAGAAGUGUAUAUAAUAUUACAUUUUAUGCAGGUCUUCUUUUUCUAAAGGAAGAAAGUCGUUUCCUUUCUGAAUUAUAGCAGUUACUUUGUGUAUAUACAGUUGAUAGACUAUUGUAGAUAUAUUGUCUGUAUCCCUUAGUUAAUUUGUAUUAUAUAUGAACUGUUUUGAAUUUUACGAGUUAUGUUUAUUGUUUGUUUAUGAAAAGAACACAUGAUAAUAUAUAAAUUAUGUUUUAAAUUAAAUGUAAACAUUGUUACUAGUGACACGUUAUUUGCUCAUCUGAGAGCAUAAAAUGCUCAAAGUGAGCUAUUGUGACUGUCCUGUUUCCGUUCCCGGCUGUUGUCAACAAUUUAGGCACAAUUUCAAUGAAACUUGGUCGAGAUGUUACCCUUGAUAAAAUCUUGGUCAAGAUUGUUGAAUUGUUAAAUAAAUCUUAAGAAUUUGGUCAAUUAUUGGAAACAUAAUUAAAUCUCCAGAGGCUGCAUUCUCUAUUUUAUCUUCAUAAACCAUUUCCAGAAUGUUUACAUCUAUAAAAUUUAAGUCAAGUUUGAAACCUGAUUAUUUCAGUUCAAAAACUAGGUCACUAGGUCAAAUCAUAGAUAAAUCAAAUUAGCACAGUAGAGACAACGUUCUAUAACACUUUGCGAGAAUGUUUGCACUCUGUAAUGUAGGUCAUUUUCAAAUUGGGUUACCCGAGGUCUUAAAAUUACAUUAUAAGGAUUAUAAGGUGUGGACAGUGUUGCAUUUUCCAUUACUGCUCAUGAACAGACUCAAUCAAACCGAGUCUGCAAUUUUUACUGUUUGCCUUGUUUUCGGUGCUUCUGAGGGAUCUACUUUUCAGAUUUUUUUUUAAUUUUAUAGAUAUAGCAGCUGUCCAUUUAAAUGUUAUGCAUAAUUAAAUGGUCCUUACACAGAAAUGGACCUUACACAGUUAGGACCAUAAAGGGAGACAGUCUUAGAUGAUUGAUUGAAUGAUAUCUUCUCCGAUGUUAAUUGAUAUUCAAACCUUUGGCAAAUAUAUAAGAAAAGAAAACCAAUAUUGAAAUAAUUAUUUAUUAAGAAAUAGACAUAUUUGAAGGUCAGAACAAAAAAUGCGGCAGCCAUAUUUUGAACAAAGGCAUUAUGAGCCUUUAAACUGUGUCACUAAGUCAAACAAUGUUUUCUACAUGAACAUAAUAAAUCUUUGUCAGUCUUUGUGUGUGAAAAAUCUAGGUCAGUUUCAAAAACUUGGUUAUUUAUUGUUUUAAACUUGACCUUAGGUCUAGAACUAGAACUUCCGCUCUUUAGGAAUUGCAGUGUAUUGUAAGAACCAUAAUCUUGCCUUGCUACCUUUUUGGAUUAUCUCCAUUUUAAGCUCACCUGGACAUACAGUGUUCGGAAUGAGCUCUUGUGAUCACUCGCCACCCGUAAUUUGCCUUCCGUCUUAACUUUUCUUCAUAUUGUCUGAGACCAUUUGGCGGAAGUUCAUGAAACUUGGCCGUGUAUAGCCCUUUACCAAAGUAAUUUUGAUGUUGUUCUCUGCAGAACACUUAGUGCCAUUCGACGAUAAUUAAGCGGAAAAAGUGCCUACAUAUUUUUGAUUUCAUGUUUAGGAACUUGGGUGCUGAAUUAGCGGUGUUUCACCCAUUUUGUAUCAUUGCGCGUGAUUAGGAUUUUUGUGUUUAAGGUCAAGGUCAUAUCGCACUGACACAAAGAAUGAAAAUGUUUAUGGAAGUUAUAAAGUGUAACAGCUACUUGCUUUCAGAAUUACAUAAUGAUAUGGUAGAUCUGAGAAUUUGCCCAUUGAUUUUGGGGUCAGUGACUCGAAUAUCAAGGUUGCAGGGACCUGAUAUGAUUUCUGGUAAUUUUUGUGUUUUCUUGAUUAAAGAAACUAUAACAGCUUUAGUUUGCUCAUUUUUCUUGUUCACGAGGCAAUUUUCUAUUGUCUGUGGGUUAAAGGUCAGGGUCAUUGUUGAAAGAACCGGCUACCUAGCCACUACCUAUUGAUAAUUUGUUGAAUAUUGUAUUCCAUAUAGCGACCUAAAUAUUUUGUGCAUGUAUGCACAUCUGUUCAGGGAUUUAGAAACAUUAAAAAAUAUAUAGAUUUAUAUUAUUUCUUAAAUGACAAAAAAGAACGCACGCAUUUUAAAAUUUUGUAUCUGAAUAAAUUUUCAUUAAGUGUCAAAUGCUACCUUAAUGAUAUGACUUGUCCUGCUUAUUUAGCAGAGCCUUAACUUGUCGAAGGUCUAUAGUAUCAAUUUUGUGUCUGUUUUUUUCUCGUCAAGUCUGUGAUGUUGUACUGUAUAUAAUAUUUCAGCAGAUUAACUUCUCUUUGAAAGUAGUCCAAAAUGUAGUUCCUUGUUGUUUAUGAAAUCUGGUAUAAUGAGUCAUAAGUGACAGGAUGUGACAGUGAUAUUUUGGCUUAGUUUUAUUGCUUAUUGUCUUAAGAAAAUAUUUGGAGCAUUUUCAUUGUGCGGCUAUUUUAAAGGGUGAUAUUUCUCAUACCUGAUUAUUUUUCUUAUAUGUAACAUAACAUGUCAAGAUUUUUCUAUUUUUGAUAAGAAGACAUGUCAUACUACAUCACAUUCACCAUAUAUGGUUUUCAUAUCAUUGAAAUGCUCUUAAGUGCCAAAAAUGAGGUCUGGAUUUUUUUUAUUAUAUAUAUGAAAUAAAGAAUGAAUUUAAUUGGUAAAAUGUAACCUGGAAUGAAUCGGAAUUACAAUGUAAGUAUGAGUUGCCUUGUCAUAAAAACAAAAAAAAAUACUUCCUUUUAUCUAAAGUUUAAUAAUAUAUUUUGUAUUGCAGUGUUAUAUAACAUUUUUGUUAUACUUAUGUUAAGAGAAAUAGCAAAGUUGCCUGUUAGCGGCGUAUUGGCUUUAUUAUGUACAAUUUUGAUGACAUAUGCCUAGACUAGCCACUAGGCUUAUAAUAAAUAUAUUUCUACAUUUUUCCUUUUUUGACGAAUUUAAUUUCAUAGAGACAAAAGCCAGUCUAUUUUAGAAUGAUGUUAAAAAGUCUUGAAUUCGAGCCCUAACAUGAUUGUAUAGUGACAUAUAAUCAUUCGUCAUCAAAAUAAUACAGUUAAACAGUUAGGAGUAGACUAGCCACUAGACUGAUAAUAAAUACAUUUCUACAUUUUUCCUUUUUUGACGAAUUUCUACAUUUUUUCCUUUUUUGACGAAUUUGAUUUCAUAGAGACAAAAGCCAGUCUAUUUUAGAAAAUAUCACAGAGGAAUGAUGUUGAAAUUAUCAUGAUAUUGGACAUAGGAUACAGAAAUUAUCAUGAUAUUGGACAUAGGAUAUAGACUGGCUCAGUUCACUACAUUUAAUCAUAAAAAUGUAAAAAAAAUACAUCAUAGUCUAGGAGCUAGUCUAAUGUAUGCUGGGCCCGAGUAGUAGUCUGGUUACCGUAGGCGCAGAACUGCAUGAAAUGUCAUAUAAAACAGACAUACAAUAUUUUAUGGGGACAUACGUCGGGCAGUAGUCUGGUUAUUAUAGGCGCAGAACUGCAUGAAAUGUCAUAUAAAACAGACAUCGGGCAGCCGUCUGGUUAUUAUAGGCGCAGAACUACAUGAAAUGUCAUAUAAAAUACAGUAAAUACAAUAAUUUAAGAUGACAUUAUUAUGCCGGGCAGCCGUCUGGUUUAUUAUAGGCGCAGAACUGCAUGACAUGCUAUAUUAAAUACAGUUCAUACAAUAUUUUAUGUAGUGUCUAUUGCUACUGUCAGUGGAGUACAAAGUUACGUGAAAUCGUAUAAGUAGUGAAAUAUGCGGAUUUGCAUAUGUCUUGUACAUAGUUUUAUUAUAUAAUAUGAGUUGAUGUAUGACUUAUGUAAAUUGCUUUAUUUACGUUGUAACUGUUUAUACAGUAUUUUAUGUCUAUAUCAUAUAUGAUGAACAUGUUUAUGGAGAGGAUAUCGUGACAAUUGCAGCAUCAGUAGUUAAGAUUAUUGGGCGAGUUGAAUUGAAUGAUGGGAGUGUUAGGGAAAUGAAGAAGUAUAAGCUUUCAGUGAAAGAUACUUAAGUUACUUUACAUAUGUUAAUUUCAUUUUUAUUUUAUUACUGUAUAUAGAUAAAAUUUUGUUUGUUCAAUAAUUGAAUGCCAUACGCUUUUUUAAAAAUGGAUUCCAUUGAAAAUGUAGUUGCUGUUGUUGUUGUUGAUGAUGAUGAUGAUGAUGAUGAUGAAAUAUGUAGUCAUAUAUAAAUAUAGGUUAACUUCUGAUGGAAUGAAUUUUUGUUUUAAGGUAGUUGUGUGCGUUUGGGUAUAUUCAUUUUGAUUAAAAACUUAUUUGUAGACACAUACAAAAAGCAUUGAAUUUCGGCAAAUAGAAAACUUUGGGUCAUGUAUUUAAUCCCCCGCCGUGGCGGAGGGAUUAUAGGAAUGGUCUGCGUCCGUCCGUCCUUCCGUCCGUAACAAAAUCGUAUCCGAUCCAUAUCUCCUAAACCCCUUGAAGGAUUUUCAUGAAACUUGGGUCAAAUGAUCACCUCAUCAAGACGAUAUGCAGAACCAAUAAGUCAGCCUUGUCGGUUCAAGGUCAAGGUCACAACUCAAGGUCAAAGGUUUGAGCCUGCCAUUUUGUGUCCACUCUAUAUCUUCUAAACCCUUUGAAGGAGUUUUAUAAAACUUGGCUCAAAGGAUCACCGAUGUGCAGAACCAUGCCGGCUCAAGGUCAAGGUGAUAACUCAAGGUCAAAGGUUUGAGCCUUCCAUUUUGUGUCCGCUCUAUAUCUCCUAAACCCCUUGAAGGAUUUUCAUCAAACUUGGGCCAAACAAUCACCUCAUCAAGGCGAUGUGCAGAACUUAUGAGUCAGUCAUGUCGGCUCAAGGUCAAGGUCACAACUGAAGGUCAAAUGUUUGAUCCUUCCAUUUCAUGUCCGCUCUAUAUCUCCUAAACCCCUUGAAGGAAUUUUAUAAAACUUGGGUCAAAUGAUUAUCUCAUCAGAACGAUAAGCAGAAAUUAUAAGUCAACCAUGCCAGCUCAAGGUCAAGGUCACAACUAAGGGUCGAAGGUUUGAGCCUUCCAUUUGGUGUCCACUCUGUAUCACCUAAACCCCUUGAAGGAUUUUCAUGAAACUUUGGUCAAAUGAUCACCUCAUCAAUAACUCAUGAGUCAGCCAUGUCAACUCAAUGUCAAUGUCACAACUAGGUCAAAGGUUUCAGCUCUGUAUCUCCUAAACCCCUUGAAGGAUUUUCAUGAAACUUGGGUCAAAUGAUCACCUCAUCAGGACGUUGUGCAGAUUUCAUGAGUCAGCCAUGUCAGUUCAAGGUCAAGGUCACAGCUAAAAUCAAAGGUUUACCCUUUCACUAUCCAUUGCAGUGGCGGGGGAUUUAGCUGUCUUUCAGACUGCCUUGUUUAUUUAAGUACUAAGUGUUCGGGGAGAGGAAUUGUGAUCUUUACUAAUGGUCGUACGUCAUCUGCUCAAAACGUUGUAAUUCAGCAUGAAUCACAUGAUAAUGUUGGAUACCUGAAUCUAUGUGGCUUGACUCAGGCAGCGGUCUGGUUUACCAAAGGUGCACAACUACCUUAAAUGCCAUAUUGUACACUUAUGCUGUGACUAUAGAUGAUUAUGGUGGGUUUUAUCUGCUAUAAUACAAAUUGCUAUAUAAUAUUGGUAAAUACAAAUCGAAUGCACACGAAUGACAACCUCGACUUUCCAUGUUGUUAGCUCACCUGAGCAAUGCUCAGGUGAGUUUUUCUGAUCACUCGAUGUCCGUCGUCUGUCUGUCAACAUUUAGCUUGUGUAUGCAAUAGAGGCUGUAUUUUUCAACUGAUCUUCAUGAAAUUAAGUCAGAGUGAUUACCUUGAUUAAAUCUAGGCCGAGUUUGAAAAGGGGUCAUCUGGGGUUAAAAACUAGGUCACUAGGUCAAAUCAAAGAAAAACCUUGUGUAUGCGUUAAAGGCUGUAUUUUUCAAUUAAUCGUCAUGAAUUAUGGUCAGAAUGAUUAUCCUGAUGAAAUCUAGGCUGAGUUCGAAAAUGGGUUAUCUGGGGUCAAAAACUAGGUCACUAGAUUAAAUCAAAGAAAAACCUUGUGUAUGCGAUAGAGGCUGUAUUUUUCAAUUAAUCUUCAUGAAUUUUGGUCAGAAAUAAUAACCUUGAUGAAAUCUGGGCCGAGUUCGAAAAUGGGUCAUCUGGGGUAAAAAACUAGGUCACAAGGUCAAGUCAAAGAAAAACCUUAUGUAUGCGAUAGAGGCUGUUUUUUUUCAAUUAAUCUUCAUGAAUUUUGGUCAGAAUAAUAAACUUGAUGAAAUCUAGGUCGAGUUUGAAAAUGGGUCAUCUGGGGUCAAAAACUAGGUCACUAGGUCAAAUCAAAGAAAAACCUUGUGUAUGCAAUAGAGGCUGUAUUUUUUAAUUGAUCUUCAUGAAAUUUGGUCAGAAUGAUUGCCUUGAUGAAUUCUAGGUCAUGUACAAAUAUGGGCUAUCUGGAAUAAAAAGGUAGGUCACUAGGUCAAAUCAAAGAAAAACCUUGUGUAUGCGAUAGAGGCUGUAUUUUUCAAUUGAUUUUUUAUGAAAUUUGGUCAGAAUGAUUGUCUUGAUAAAGUCUAGGUUGAGUUUGAUUAUUGGUCAUCUGGGUUUAAAAAGUAGGUCACUAGGUCAAAUCAAAGAAAAACCUUGUGUAUGCAAUAGAGGCUGUAUUUUUUAACUGAUCUUCAUGAAAUUUGGUCAGAAUGAUUGUCUUGAUGAAUUUUAGGUCAUGUUUAAAUAUGGGCUAUCUGGAGUCAAAAAGUAGGUCAUUAUGUCAAAUCAAAGGAAAACCUUGUGUAUGCGAUAGAGGCCGUUUUUUUUUUCAAUUGAUCUUCCUGAAAGUAAGUCAGAAUGAUUGCCUUGAUGAAAUCUAGGUUGAAUUUGAAUAUGGGUCAUCUGUAGUUAAAAAGUAGGUCACUAGGUUAAAUCAAAGAAAAACCUCGUGUAUAUGAUAGAGGCUGUAUUUUUCAACAGAUCUUCAUGAAAAUCUGUCAGAAUGAUAGCUUUGAUAAAAUCUAGGUCAAGGUCGAAUAUGAGUCAUCUGGGAUCAAAAACUAGGUCACUAUGUCAAAUCAAGGAAAUAACUUGUUUUUGCUCCAAUUUUAAUGAUAAUUGGUCAGAACAUUUUUUUCCAUGAAAUCACUAGGUCAAACAUGUUUUCACUGUUAUGGUGUAUUAUGGUGUGUUUCUCAGGUGAGCGACCUAGGGCCAUCUUGACCCUCUUGUUAACUUGAAUGUUGCAACUUAAAAAAAAGGUUUGCAUAUUUUUCAAAUGCCUGUUUAUUAUUCCCGUUUAUGAUAAUUGCUAAUAAUAAUCACAGGCGGACUCAGUCAGGUGAGAGUAAUUAAAAAUAAGGUGUAUUUUCACGUUCUUUCGCGGAAGAUAUUGCGCUCCUAAAGUCGCGCAAUAUUACCGCUGCAAAACUUGUGCAUAUAUCCAGUACAAAGUUGAUAUAUAACCUAUAAAUAUUAUGUACCUUCGAUGUUUAUGUUCUCCAUGUUCAAAUAGAUUUACUUUUCCUUCGUCACAAAAUAUUCCUUUACUAAAAAUGUUAAAUGGACACAACUUAACGCUACUGCAUAAAAUAUUGCCAAUACAUCUAUUUUUGUUCUUGAGAAAUAAAUACAUUUACCUUCGUUCCAAAGCGUUUGAACUUAAUACCUAUUUGAAAAUUUAGGUAAUAUCUCUUCAUUGUGGAUGUCAGAUAUUGCAACAUUCAAUUUAACCAGAUAGAAGUUUCUAUUCAGGGUCAGGAAAUUGUAAUCACCAGUCUCCAAUGACUGUGUAUUUUAGCAAUUUAUAUUAUGGCGGAUAUUACCUUCCAUAGCUGAUAUAUUCUUCUGAUUAUUGAGUACUAAGUUAUAUGAUCCAUGCAUGUGUAUGUUAUAUAAGUACUUGUACAUAGUUUUGUUCCAUAUAUUCAUAUAUUUUAAAGGAAUUUAUGUUGAAUUUGUGUCUUAUGCCUAUUACACUAUUUCCAUUCAAAAUGCUAUCACAACAUUUAUCUGAUGUCUACAUUUAUGAUGAACGUGUUUAAAUAGAGGAUAACAAAUCAGCGCGGGUUCAGUACUGGAGGUUUUGAACGAGUUGAAUUCUCAGCUUAAGAAUAAUGCCAUUAUUGAUACAUUUAAUGAAUAUACAUUAUCUUUAUCAUAAAUCAUCUCAUCUCCUUUUUUGCCGACCGUGUAUGAACACAAUUGCUAUGUUUCAGAUCAUAAGCAUGAUAUAUGCACAGCUGUGUUGUAUCAGUGUUGUGAUAAUAUUUCAUGAAACGUAUAAUGAUUUUACACAAUCACAGUUUUGAUUUCACAUCGUGAUGUGCUUGUAUAUUUCUUUUCAUGACUAUUUUUAUGCAUGACCUUGUAAAGGUUAUAUGUUGCCAAAUGAAAUAUCAAAAUUUUUUAAGUAUUUUAUUCCAAAUCUAUAAAAAAUAUAGAAGUAAUAAAUAGAUGUUAAUGAG